AUGCGCAUCGCUCCCGGCUUUCUAAUAAUGGCAGCUUUGCUCGCAAGCCAAUGCAACGCAGACACCGCUGUAGCUGUUUCGUCCGCCAACACCGCUACGACUCCGUCUGCUGAUGACGAGGAGCCGAACGAUUUUGGAUCGGUUGUAAAGAAAAUCCGUUUCGUACACGGCAAUCUAACGGGAACCCUGGUCGUGGCGGUUGACCCGGACAGCUUACACGAGCUCAGCAAAGAAGAGUUGGCUUCAAUGGACACGCAAAAGAUGCUAGAUAUCAAGGAGGCGAGUGAGUUGGUACCAGGUAAAGGGGAAGAGCGGCGGUGGAUAUACAGUAACCUCCCGUUCUUUCAAAACUUUCUGCUUAAAUUCAGCUCUAAAGUUGAUGUGGCCAAGUUGGCGAAGUUUCUUGAAAGAAGACCCAAGAAAAAUACGUAG